AUGCUUCUACCGCUGCUAGUCAGCGUUCUGCUUUUUCGAGUAAGUCCUUUUUGCUUGUCAAUUGCAACUUUUGAUUCACUGACCUAAUUGUUAGCCGUAGCCUUUUCCAUUCUGCUUUCUACCAAACUUCCACAAUUCUAAUCAUAUCGUAUUUGCUGUGUUUUUGGUAAGAUCAUCUUGUACAACUUGUUGAAUUCCGGUUGUUUGAUUUCUCUUUCUUGCGUCUAGCCUAGUGUCUACCGUAAUCUGCCAUCAUCGUAGGCGCGAACAUACUUCUGUUACCCACCACUUGUUGACCUCAAGACUCGCCGCAUUCUAACGCACUUGAAUCAGUUCGUCUUCCCCACGCUUCAUCAUAUUUGUCAUUCUCAUGCCUUCCACGGCUUUUUUGUUUCGGUUUCGUUGAGGUGGUCUGACCUCUGUUUCUCCCCACUUACUUUACUUUCUCACCGGCCGCCCACGCUGACUUCCGCACCCCCGCCUGCGCCAUCGGACUGACCGGCAGGAAAAGGAUGGAAGAGAAGACGGCCGCCGCUGGCCAUCGCGGGGGUGAAAACCGAAGCGCGUAACUGUUUAGCCUUGAAGAUUCCAGUCAAGGGCAUUUUGUUCAUUCUCAUCCCAUUUUUCUCGCGCACCUCUCCAAUUUGCGCACUUUGCAACUCUCUGCUAUCGAACCCCAAACGGAAAAAGGUUAGAAGGCGCUCUCGAGUGUAUCUGUCUUGUUUCUUUCUCUUUCUCUCUCUCGCAAUCCCCCUUCUCCGUUGUGAUCAUCAGUUCGGUUUUGUUGAUUGUCUCGGUGUCGGCGGUCGCGCCACAGGAAAGGCGCCAAACUGACGGACACGAAGCCCGUGUCCCCUCUUGCGCGGGCUACUUUCUGGGAGAAUAUGACCAGUUUCGUUGCGUUUCACAACUAAAACACUGAUUUCCCUAUUGAUGACGAUGAACCGAGAAAACGCGAGCGAGAGAAAGAGGAAGAGGAAUUGCAGAACUGUCGGGCCACAAUUGAGACAGAGAGAGAGAGAGAGAGAGAGAGAGAGAGAGAGAGAGCUUGUUGUUGCGUAAAAGCCAUUUAGAUAAAACUGCAGAGAUAGUCAGCAGAAGCUGCAGAACGCUCGGGCAUAUAACGUAACAUAUAGCUUAGAAAAGAAGAGAUCGGGCGAAAAACUCGCCAGAAAACUCCCUAGAUUUCAUCGAGGAUAACCGCUUCCAUCGUUUUCAAUUGUUUUAACCUUCUCGUCUCUUUUUCGUCAAAUUCGCGCCUCUCCAAAACUGAUGGGGAUCUUUGAAAAUUAGCAGCAAACGGAGGCGAGAAGAUGGAAAAGUGAAACAAUCGGCAUAAAAAGGAAUUGCUGCUUCUGUCUGUGUGUCUGUCCAGAAACAGAGCGAGUCAGUAAAAGUUAAGUGUCCUUUGCCACUCAAAGGUGCCGCAUUGUCUUCCGUUUCUCGAAUUCCUGCCAGUGCCGUCGUUGUCGCCAUCAUCUUCAAUUGGCAAAACCCCAAAAAAGAUUGUAACAAUUUUAUGGAUAAGAACCCCUCACCGGCGAGUCUGGCUUCCCGACAGUACUACUGUGUGUUGCGAGAGGUUGACGUUAACGAUACGGAUCACAUUAUGUGUUUACAAACGCGUCAAGUGUAUCUAACUGAUAUCCGCUCCUCCUCCUUCUCCUCUCUUUUCAUUCAAGCCUUCCCGCGGGAAAAGUCACUUCACAAGGAAGAGUCUCUUUUUUCGCCCCCCCCCCCUCUCCCUUCCCGUCCACAAUCGGAUAUGAGACGUCUUUGGAGAGCGAAAGAGGAAAGAACGUGCGGGAAUGGAGAGAAAUACGCGCCUCGGACUGUGAUAAGGCGGAAUUGACAAGGUGCAAAACGAAUAUCCUUCCUAACGUCUUCUGGCUGCAGCCGCAAGCGUCGUUUGAUGACAAAAUGUCGGUAUUGGAAGGAAAAAAGGAACGUCGUGUGUGUGUGUGUGUGUAGUCAAAACCCGACCAAGUCAAUCAAAUCCACGCUUAGUUUGCAGUGCCAAAACUUGAAAUCUUUCCUGUUUCUGACCUUUUCUGCGGGGGAACAACAGCUGUUGUCUUGCUUGGUUUGGCUGCAAAGUUUUAUUUACAACUUCCCGCGGUUACAGUCAUCGUCAAGUUUUUGGGUUUAACUACACGGAUUAGUAUGGGGGUGACCUUCAUUUUUUGUCUGGAAAAAAGUCCACUUGAAAACGUACAGUUCAUGGCGCCAGCGCGUCGCAGCUGCUGCAAAAUGAUAUCAUAUCUGCACGUCGACAGUGUUUCACUUGAAAAUACACAUAAUUUACACAGCCACAUGUAAACACAACACUCGCAAGUGUUUCUUUCCUUCUUUCUCCCCUUCAUGGGUGUUCUGUCAAGUUUUUGUGUCGAUGAACUCCCACGCAAUGGGGCUAAACUACAUUGUAGCACUCGGAGGACGGGAAGAAGGUUAUUUGAGGUCAAAAAGUUGCCAAGAGCGUAAUACUACUAAUCACAUCAUCCUCAUCAUUCAUUCAAACACGGAACAAUAUUUCAGAAUGCAAUCGCGUUUCUUCCGUUCUUCAACGAGGACGAUUUGAAAUAUACAUUCGGUGUUGAAUCUCAUGCCGAAGGUAACUUCCCCUGCAAACAAAAAAGACAUAGUCAAAGACAAUGAAAUCGUUUUCAGUGCCAAAGCAUGAGGAAGUCGACCCAAUGCCAUAUUAUCAUCAGAAUGGCAGUCUGCAUUCACUGGAAUUCACGGCAUUCAAUAAGAAUUACAACUUGACGUUAGAGCCAACUCUUGAAAAGUUGCUCUCAACCGGUGUCACAAUGGUUAGGAAAAAUGAGAAGAAGGGAGGAUUUUUGGACUUUGGAUCAACCGUUAACAGUUGUCAUUACCAUCAUUACGGGGCAAAAGUGUAUGCGGCGAUUAGUAAUUGUGAUGGGCGUAUUGUGAGUUAGACAGCGCACCUGAGGGGUUUUUAUUUUGAACUUUCAGAAAGGAACAGUUAUUGAUGAUGGCGAGAUCAUUGUGAUCCACCCAUUCCCAGACCAUCAUGCUCAUCGCUCGAAGAGAAGCACUGAGAACGGAGCUCAUGUGGUUUACAAACGAGAAACUCUUAGCAAAGAGCCAAAUGACUUCUGCGGUCUCGACAAUGUGGUUACCGAAGAGUCCUUGGUCGAAGAUGAGAGUGCAAUCUUCGAGGACGUUUUCAUAACCGGCCAGAGUCUCACUCAAGAAUCCGACCUGAUUGUAAGUCAAUUUACUUUUGUAUGAACCACUCCACUUUUUGCUUGCAGGUCGAAUUGGCCGUGUUCGUUGAUGAGAACCUCUGGCGACACUUCAGCAGCAAGUACGGCGGAAUGGCGGAUAGAAAACUUCAAGAUUACACUUUGACUCUUCUCAACAACAUCCAGAUCAUGUACUAUCAGCCGACGGCAAGUCCUCCACUCACUUUCCGUGUCAUCCGAUAUGAAGUGCUUACCAGACAACCGGUAAGAAACCGAUAGUACAAUGGAAUGAGAUGGGGGUGUCUAAUCUGAAAAUUGUAGGCCGCUCUUGCCGGAUACCUUCACAAUCACGGAAACGCUCAAAUGUACUUGGAUCGGUUCUGCAGAUACCAGCGAAAUCUAGCCGUCCGUGAUUGGGAUCAUGCUAUUAUGAUGACUGGGUAAUUGAAACAGACACACCUCGCUCUUCCUCGAAAGCGAGAUGGCGUAAAAGGACACGACUAAUUAGUUGGGGGAUUGUUUUGCAGUUACGACAUUCAUCGAGGUGCUGGAUCGCGUUCAAUCUCCGGAAUUGCUCGACUUGAUGGAAUGUGCGACCCGUGGAACACGUGUACACUUGCUGAAGGAUUGGAUUUCACUUCGGCGUUCAUCGGCACGCAUGAACUUGGUCACAGGUGAGAAGACCUUGGUCAAAAGACAUGAAAGAGAGAAGAGAGAGAAAGAAUGGGCCAAAGCGGAAGCGGCUAUCAAGAUCGGGUUACGGUGUCAUAAUUGGUUAAUGCUUUCCAGUGUCGGAAUGCGUCACGACGAGCCGUACUGCCAGUCCAAACACAUCAUGUCGUCGUCGUUGGGACCCGGAAAAGUCACGUGGUCAACUUGUUCGCUGAGAGAUUAUCAUCAGUUCCUACAACGUCUUGAGUACGUUUCUGCUUCAUUACCUAGAAGGGUUUCGCAUUUUGUCUGAACUAAUUUCUGUCAUGUGCGUUAAUUGUAAUGAGACACGCACUUGAUAUAACCUUUUUCAACAAGGAACACAACAUUUGUUGCAGUGGACGCGGAAAAAACUGCCUACGCGUUUCAAAUAUGCCAUCCAAGUUGGAAAUCUCGUCGAACGUGAAACCCGGACAAAUCUAUGAUGCGAAUCUUCAAUGCGAACUGAUGCAUGGAAACGGAUAUCAGCAGGUGGGGGUUGGAAUUGAAUUGAAAUGCAGAGAUUUUGCCUCGUUAAUCAUUCCCAAUGCCAAUAUUUCCUAGGGGUCUGAGGGGUGCAACACUUAUCUUUCGCAAAACCGAUUCAUUCUUUGACCGGUACGCUCCUCUCGAAUCGGGUGAAAAGAAGAAAAGAAGAUGUUCAUUCGAUUCUUUAUUCGCUCCCCCGCCACUUCCGGCGAUAUAGGCGCCCGCAGCAGCAGCAGCAGCAUCACCAGCAGGGGUAGCCUUCAAGAAAACGAUAUUGACACCGUAUACCAAAUAUCGUUUUUCUUCGGCCCCCUCCCUUCUCUUUCUCCGUCCCGUGCGCUCUUUUCCGUGUCGCUGUCACUUUUCUCUCAUCAUGCUGGCUUUCUUCUCCUUUUUCAUUUGCGCAUCGUCCUCAUUGGAGAAAGAAACCUUUCGGCGACGUCAAACUUUGGGAGGGGGGUGGAAGAAGGCUAGUUAAAAAUAGGGACGUUUUACCAGACCACCACAUAAAAUUUGUAAGGGGAAAUUGAAUGAAAAUUCAGCUUCCCGAUGAUUGACCCUCGGGGCAUUGUUGUUUAUUGCAGGUCACACCUCGUCAAGACUCGUACGAUGGCAUUUGCUACAUGAUGUGGUGCGGUCAGUCGUCAUUCGGCAGAAUUAUUACCUCGCAUCCGGCGCUCGAAGGUUGGUACAAAACAAAAAGAACAAGGACCAGAUUGUUUCUCGCGCAUGCGCUCUGAAAAAUAGAAAUAAAACACAAGUUGUGAGACGGCGUGUGAAAUUGACCGCAACCGGAGAAUAGGAGGGCAAUGAACUUUUUUAUUGGAGGGCAUCAAACAAUCAGUUGACCCCAGAAAGGGAUCAUACAUCUCUCACACAGUACAGUGGAACUUUGACAGGUACUUUCUGUGGACCGAGCAAAUGGUGUCAACUGGGACGAUGCGUUCCAUGGACCGCAACCAACGAAAUCGUUCCUCCAGUCACGGCUCAACCUCCAGUUGCUACUACUCUCCCAUCGGUAUAACUUUUUUAGGGUUUCUUUGUUGCUCAUCAUUGUAUUUUCAGAGAAUCGACGGUUCUUGGUCCGGCUGGGGAGCUACAGUCUGCUCUCAAUGCACCUGCAAUGGAAUUCUUGGAUCCGUUGGUCUUUCGAUCUCCAGAAGAACAUGCUCUGCUCCGUAUCCGGCAAACGGCGGAAGCGAUUGCGUCGGUUCCACGUCUCGAGCAGUUCUUUGUUCUCGUCAGUGUGGUCGUGCCACUAAGUCUGUCGACGAGGUAAUUUCCGUUCAUGUCGUCGACGCCCUUCUUUAUCGUUUUGUCCGUUUUCAGUACAUCAGCGAAAAGUGUAUGGAACAGAAACGCAUCAAGAACGACCGCGAACUGACUGGAAAGGGUAGUCAACUCAACCGAUUCCCACAACGAGCCUGCAAAGUAUGUGAUUAGGGGGACAUCCUACUUGUUUCGUCGUCUUCUUUCUUUGGGUUUAUCUCCAACGUUUCAAUACCGGUGUUGUCGCUAAUUUGAUAACGAAAUUUGAUGCCUCGUGGUUAGAAAAGAGAGACAGGAAGUACAAGUCAUAAAUUAUAAUGAAAUUUCUUUCGAUCAAAGUUAAUCAAUUAACAGACUGAUAUCGAAUGAUUAAAAUUAAUCGCUUUAGAAAUGGUAGCGAACAUUUUAUUUCUUGUUUCAGGUGUUCUGUGAUGUUCAACAACACUACGGAAGCCAACGUAAUUACCGAUUCUUCGGGGACAAUCUUCCGGAUGGUACCAGCUGCGGUUAUGAUAGAUACUGUCUCGAUGGAGAGUGUCUGGCUCUCGCCUGCAAUAACAACGCUCUCGUGAGCCGCGACCUUCCCUGUCCGACCGACACGUGUCCGAUCACCGAUCAGCCCUCCUCUGUCUUCCAGGGAGUCUGGUCAAUUUGGAGUUUGUGGACAAGUUGUACAGUCACCUGCGGGGGUGGAUACAGGAAAAGGUACAAUAUUUGAAAAACCUGUUACAAUUCUCCAAUUCCCUCUUUUUUUUUUAGAAACCGCGCCUGUUCAAUCAACGGCCAAUGCGAGGGAAGUGAGGAUGAAACGGAGACUUGCGGAUCCGAGCAGUGUCCAUCUAUUUUGCGAACCGGAAACGAGUGGAGCACGUGGACCGAGUGGAACCAUUGCUCGGUGUCUUGCGGAAGAGGAUCACAGGCCAGAUAUCGCAAAUGUCUCAGCCCGCACCGAACCUUGGCAUUUGACUGCCCUGGUGAGAGCAAAGUCACCGACGAGCUUCGCAUCACAUUUUUCAAAGGUUUACUAACACUUCUAACAUUUUCCUUAGUUUGAAGUGAGGGAAGAGAAGAUAUCUAUGUAUAUUUUCCCUCAUCGCUUCCGCCUACGCAUUUUGUUCUUCUUUUUUCUUCUUUCUUUCUCACUCUAACAAAACUAAUAUUAUAUAUAACAUGAUUAUUCAAGAGCAUGUUGGAUGUGUCAUUUAUUUCCAGAAAAGAACAUCGAAGUCCGAUCAUGCGACAACGGUCCAUGCACGGCUGUUGGUGUGUGGGGAACUUGGGGUACAUGGAGCACGUGUUCCACUUCUUGCGGACCUGGUACCUUGGUUAGACAGAGAACUUGCAAUAGAGUAUGUGAUAACUCAAAAAAAACAUUAAACCAUAUUUCCUAUUUCAGGAGCCAUGUGAUGGAUCAGCGCACGAACGCAGGUCUUGCAAUGUAGCCACGUGUCAAAACGACGGUGUGUGGUCACUCUGGAAUGAGUGGUCCGACUGCAGUCGAGUGUGCGGAAGAGGUCUCCGAAGCAGAAGCCGAUCGUGCUUCGGAAGCGGAUGUUUGGGUGCGAGUUCCGAGCAGCAAUUCUGUAACGAGCAAGCGUGCGCCACGUCAAACGACAGUGAUUGGGGAACGUGGUCCGGAUGGUCGCAGUGCUCUGUGAGCUGCGGAGCAGGAGUGAAGAGGAGAACGAGAACGUGUCGAACGGGAAACUGUCCUGGAAACUACAAAGAGUCGGCGAUCUGCAACGAUAGGGACUGCGAGAACCGGAAUGCCGCUUGGGGAGGUUAGUAAACCGGCUUUCUCCCCAGGAAAUGGGAUUUGCCUGGAAAAUAGUCCUUAAAAACGUUCAACUUCAGAUAAUGAAAUUACAUUUUAAUCGUAAAAUAGUAAGUUACGACUAUUGUCGUCUUCUCAAACUGAAACCCUUUGUGGUGUUGUUUGUUUUCUGUUGUUUUUCUUUCCAACUUGCCCUUUACCCUUUGUCUUGCACCACAACAUGUCAAAGCGUACUCCGAUGACAAAGAUGACUUACGGUGUGUCUAGUCUCAAAAUAGAAAAAUAGGAAAAGAGGAUCCGACGCCUUCUGCAAAAGGUGUUUUGAUCUGAUUGAUAUCAUCUCGCCGCCGCGCCGCGCGUUCCCUUCCUUCUUUCGUCGCCAUUUUCUGCACAGGCGGCAGAUUGGUUUGCAAAAACCGAUGGGAAAUAUGAUAUUCUGAUUGCGAGCGAAAACAAAAACCAAUCCUAUCGAUUCUCUUUCUGUUUUUCGCAAUCACCAUCAAUGAAAAUUACGAGGGAAGGGGAGGGGGGACACAGAAGUAGAUUUAUUGUUUGCCGGUCAUUUCGGUUCAUUGAAAGAUGGUGAGAGAUUGCGGCCAAACUUGAACGACCUAACCUAGAAUCUCAUUAUUUUCUGGUUGUGAAUUGACGGGGGAAUGGAUCACGUGAGGGUUGAGCGAACACACCCAAGAAAUGACACAUCGCAAAUUGUAAGGGGUCAAAAAAUCAGGAACCAAUGUCUUUCCUCUGUUGUUUCCGUUUCCCCCCUAUUGUCCAGAAAACUCCAAAACAGAUGAAUAAUUUACAUCAUUUCAGGAUGGGGCUACUGGUCGUCGUGCAGUGAAACGUGUGGUGAUGGAGUCCGCAAACGUGUUCGCAAGUGCUACGGAAGCGGUAACUGUGAUGGUCAGCAAUAUGAGAAACAGUACUGUAACCUGAGGACCUGCGACUUCCGACGAAAACUGUAAGAGAUGCAUCAUCUCUGCAGAACAAGUACCCCUAUCAUAUUUGUGACCCUUUUAAAUGUUGUAUUUAUUGUCUCCGUUUCAUCGGCUCAACCGCACCUAUCACUUUUCCUCCUGUAAAUACAACAUCCUCUUCUUUCCGUCCCCCCAAAACUCUCUCUUCUUGAUCGCUCUCCCAGUUAUCUAUGUCACUUGCAAUCGGUACCAUUCCUCUUCCCUCAAAAAAACACUGUUUCCCCCUUCUUUUCUUAAUCGAGAUAUAGGUAUUGUUCCUUGAAUGUUCUACUUGUUAGACCAUCACUGGUCGCCUCACAACUACGGGUUAAACUUAAUAAAAAAAAUUUUUUGUCCCCAUACGAAUAAGAUUCUAGAGCUGAAAUUUCUUCUAGCUUCCAUCAUCCCAUCGAGUCUUUUCUUUAGAAUAUUGACAAUUUUUCUCGUAUUUUCACUUCUUCUGUCAUUUUCAAUGUCAUUUCGAUAAUGAACCAAUCUUCAGAUUUAUAUGAAGUUCUCUCUGAUUAUUGUUGCUUUCUUUCGGGGGAACCGAUCGUGAUAGUGCGUCUAUAUUUUAUUGCUUUUCUUCUUUUAGAAAUGGCCUAUUUUGCGGUUUUGCGGCGUUAUCACAACAAAUCGCGUGUUUUUAUGAUAACAUCGGCAAUAAAUAUAAAGUGUCAUCGAUCCACUCUCAGUGACUUUUAAUUUUUAGUUUCCAAUUUCCAACUACUGUUAUUCUGUCUACAAUUGUCACGUGUUCCCCUAAUUGAUAAGGUAUCAUCUCACUAUCAGUAUUUCUAUUUAAUUCAUGUCCUCUUACCUAUUUACUUUCUACUUUCUCAAGUGAGAAGUCAAGUUUUUCGCACCCAGUAAAUUGUAUCGUUUUUUAAUACAAAACCAGUUCACGAACGGCCUUCAAAUAAAAGUCAGAAAUCUCGGAAAUGAAUCGGAUGAUAGCAUUUGGUAAACAAGAUUGUAUUUAUUGUUUAUUGUCGUUACAGACUGCCGUUGGCGCCAUGACCGUCAAAUGGGAAGAGGAAGUGGAAAAGAGACUUUUGGAGUAUAUGAGCCAUCCGUCAACUACUGGAAAUGAAGGUAUUGUCGCUUCUUCUUCUUCUUCUUUUUCCCAACUGCAUGUGUUUUAAAGCAAAAUUCGCUGAAGUGGUCGCCCAAGACCUAGAGGAACAUGGUUGGACCGUGUACAAACAGAUCAUUCCGAACACAGACCGUUUCAACGUCUUUGCCACUUUCCGCAACUCUGACCCAAAAAGUAGCGUACCGUACACAGUAGGCACUUGAGAUAUCGAAGAAGUCAUUUCAGGCGUCAAAGUGCUAUUGAACACUCAUUUGGACACUGUUCCCCCGUACUUUCCACCCACCCAAGACGACAAGAACAUUUACGGAAACGGGUCGAAUGAUGCCAAAGGUUUUCUGAAUUCUCGGUUCUCAACAGGAAGUGGGAGGGUGUGACCUUCGGUCACUUAGUUCCAAGUGUUCUGCUGCUGCAGAAAAUGAAAAUGUUGCCGUACAUAGUUUUUAGUACCCAAUGGUGUCGUGAAUCCAUUGAGAAAGCGCGGGAGCGGGAUGUGUAAGGCACCUCUUUUACGAUCUCGUUUUUUUCCGGUGUAUCCACACGCCGAAAAAAGUGACGGCAAAGUUUUGCAAAGAAGCGAACAAGACAAUUAUAAGUGAGAUUGAUCAUCGUUUGUCUCGUUCGACCACAUGACUUUUGCACUUUGGGUGGAAAUUAAGAUGAAAGUUUUCCAGGGCAAUUAGCCGCGAUGGUCACCGCCGCAAUCAUUAUUUCGAGAACUGAGGAGGAUGUUGCCAGGACAUUGGGAUUACUCUUCGUGGUCGGCGAAGAACUCGAUCAUAUCGGAAUGAUUGUAAGGGACCGAGACCGAACGUUUUCAUUUUUUGAAUUCAGGAAGCGAAUAAACUGGAGAUACUUCCCGAAUAUCUGCUUGUCGGAGAGCCAACUGAGCUCAAGUUUGGAACAAUUCAAAAAGGAGCUCUCAAGGUCCGCAAUUGCCUUGAGAUAUUCUUGUUUUAAAGUCACUUUUUUUGGAUAACAUAACUUUCAGGUCAAGUUGACCGUCACUGGACAGGCUGGUCAUUCUGGGUACCCGGAUUCUGGAACUAGUGCAAUCCAUAAGAUGGUCGAGAUUCUCCACGAUGUCCAGAAUUUCAAAUGGCCGUGCGAUGGGACAUACGGAGAUACCACCUACAACGUCGGAAAGAUCGCUGGCGGCCAAGCUUUGAAUGCGUGGGCGGCGCAUUGUGAAGCCGACAUUUUCUUCCGGGUUGUCACUUCUGUCAAGAACAUUCAGGAGUUGCUGAAAGGUGUCGUGAAAGGUUUUGAACCAGUCAAUUACAGGAAAAAGUAUGAAUUUUUUGCAGGCCGCGCGGAGGUCACCCUGCUCAGCUACAAUGACCCGGUGAUCUUGGAUGCUCCACCAAUUGAAGCCCAUCUUGACCAAGUCUCUUUCAACACUGACAUUCCCUACUUUGACGCCAAGGACAAGGUCAAGGCAAAGUAUCUGUUUGGUGGGGGCUCAAUCAAGAAUGCUCACUCGAAAAAUGAGUUCAUUCCGAAAGAUGAACUCCACAAAUGCACUGCAACUCUCGUCAAGCUCGUCCAUAAUCUGUAUUCAGCAUAA